CCGGCUAUCGAUGACAACGGGAUGAAAAUAUUUUGUUUACGAAUUCGACAUUCGAAUCGUCAUGGCCGACACGAAAUCCGGUAGUGGUCGGCAUUCGGCUGCCGGGGGAAGUGGAAACACCGUCCUGUCGCCCUUGGGGCAGGGUCCUGCGAACUUGGAGUGCAAGGACUUUCAGGAGUAUCUGCGCACCCGCCAAACGCCAGAGUCGUUGGAGAAGCUGUACAACUAUCCGCCCAUUUGUUUGGCCGUAUUUCGGGAGCUUCCCGAGAUAGCCCGGCAGUUUAUCAUAAGGAUACUGUUCGUGGAUCAGCCUGUGCCACAAGCGGUGGUCACAUCAUGGGGUGCCCAACGUUGUGCCAAGGAGCAAGCCGAGGCUACCAGCUGCCUGACGGCUUUGAACGUCUGGCGGGUCACAGCCAUUCCGGGUGGCCUUUCUGCGUGGGAGCUCUCGCCCACCUUCAAGAAAAGCGUGCGCCAGGUGCUGCUGGGCGGCGGAAAGCCUUGGCCUAUGACCAACACGCUGGAUAAGGACUCGAAGCCCAGGGACAUUGCUUUUCUGGAUACAUACGCCAUGUCCCGCUGGCGCUGCGUGUUGCACUACAUGGUCGGCACCGGAAAUCGCAGUGGCACCGAUGCGGAGGCCAUUAGUCCGGAUGCCGUUAGGAUUCUGCUGCACGCCAAUCUCAUGAAACGGGAUGAACGAGACGGUAUCACAAUAACCCGGCAGGGCUUUCAGUUCCUGCUGCUGGACACGCGAGCUCAGGUGUGGCAUUUUAUGCUACAGUACCUGGACACGUGCGAAGAAAGAGGAAUCAGCCUGCCAGAAUGCUUGUCCAUGUUGUUCCAGCUCAGUUUUUCAACGCUGGGCAGGGAUUACAGUUCGGAGGGGAUGAACAAUCAGAUGCUGACCUUCCUGCAGCAUCUACGGGAGUUUGGACUAGUCUUCCAACGUAAACGUAAGGAGGGACGCUUCUAUCCCACACGUUUGGCUCUGAAUGUGACAAGCAAGGAGGCGGCUGCGACUGCUUCUGUGGCCAUGGAUGAGGAGGCCACUCAGGACUGUGGCUACAUCGUGGUGGAGACGAACUACCGAGUGUAUGCCUACACUGAUUCUCCGCUCCAGGUAGCCGUGUUGGGUCUGUUCACAGAGCUCCUCUACCGCUUUCCCAAUCUCGUCGUGGGCGUGCUGACCCGCGAUUCAGUGCGCCAGGCGUUGCGUGGCGGUAUCACGGCGGAGCAGAUUGUCUCGUAUCUGGAGCAGUAUGCGCAUCCCAAUAUGCGCAUGGUCGAGUCAGCCAUUCACUCUAAAUCCUGCCUGCCACCCACAGUCGUUGAUCAAAUUAAGCUGUGGGAACUAGAGCGAAAUCGCUUCACCUACACCGAAGGCGUGCUGUACAAUCAGUUCCUCUCGCAUACAGAUUUCGUAACGCUACGAGACUACGCCCAGUCGAUCCACAUGCUGGUGUGGCAAAAUGAGCGAACUCGCACGAUGGUGGUGCAAAAGAAUGGCCACGACGAUGUCAAGCGUUACUGGAAGAAAUACUCUAAGAGUGGUGUUUAGCCCGGGAUGACGACCAAUUGGGCUGUUAUUCUAGGAGUAACAUCUGUCCCCAUUUUGUUACUAAGCUAAAACUUUAAAAUAUGGUUUAAUAAGGGAGUGGGAUACAUAUAAAGCAUCGACAUUCAACAUACAAGUGGAAGAAAAUUAAAGUACACAGGUAUCAUACACAUCAAAACAGAAAACCACCAAAGCUUUUCCUGGAUUAUCUUUAUCUUUGUUUAGGGUGAGUCGACUUGUAAUAUUGCCAAACGUAAAACAGUGAAGAGACAACUAACAAAUGCAUACAAAAUAAUUUUAUUUACCCAAUAAUAAAGAUUUAGAAAGUCCUAUA